AUGGCUCAGUUUCUAGCGGUCAUGGCGGUACUCGGCGUUGUUUCCGGGAUGCCUACAAGUCCAAGUCACCUCUCUGCCCGUCAGGAUGACACAUCCUUGUAUAUGUGCAGAGAAAACGGCUGCACCGAUUGUCCAUUAUAUUUCAGUGCUGGAGCCGGUUGGCCAGAGUGCCCAUACUAUAGUGGUGAACAGCUCACCGACAAUGGCUUCCCGCCCCAGGAAAACGGUCAGGUCCGAAUUUACAUCGAUGUGCCUCCCCAGGAAGACAACUGCAGGACACUUAUUCGCACUCCGGUCAGGCCAAACGAUAUCAACUGUGGCGGAAAUAUCAUCAUCGCAGAAGGUGCAACAUGCGCUGCCAUCAACAUCGACAACACGUUCAUAGCGUCUCGAUGCUGUGGCCUCGAAGAGUGCACUGAUGCCGGAGCACCAGGCAAGCGCGAUAUGAGCAGCCGCAAUGCUGGUCCUUCUGGCAUCCUCAUGCUCCAUGAUGUUGACGGUAACGUCAUCGAGCCAAAGACUGCUGCCCUUUUGCAGCACAUGGAUGAAGAACCACCUGCGAAUGUCCAAGUCCGCAACGCUGAAGCCGGUAAGCUGCUCACGAAACGCGAUUGUGAUGGCUUCCAAGCUACGAGAGGGCCAUUCCAGAGCGGCGGUACAAACUACGUGAUCUCCGACGUAGUCACUUGCACCCCGACCGAAUCAUGCCAGGCUACUCUCGGGGAGGAGGUCACGGAGGAGACGACCUUCAGCACGGAGGUCUCCGUCAGCGACCCAUUGGGUAUUGUUUCCGCCAGUGUUGGCUUCGAGUUUUCCCAAUCCGUAACCCAGAGCUUCUCGGGCACGUUCACAUUCGGGCCGGGCGAGAGAGGCUACGUCGUCUUCAUCCCAUGGAUUACAUGUGUCGAGGGCUACUUUACUGGUGACUGCGGUGAUGAGGGUGUACAAACCACCAUCUGUGGUGGUGAGAGCUCUGGUGGCGCCAUUAAGGGAGAACGGCGUCCUGUCAUCAUCCGUGGUUGA